AUGUUCACCAUCCCCUCUGCGAUAUGUGUUGGGAUCGUUGUCGUCGCAUUCCUCCUUCGAGCCUUCCAUCGCCGAAAGAGCAUCCGGUAUAUUCGUGGGCCUCCGCGUUUCUUGAGCCUCCUAGGUCAUGACUACUUGAUGAACCUCCAGGACGAGGUGGGAGACCUCGAUUUCAAGUGGCUCGCCGAAUUCGGGUCCACUUGGAGGAUUCAGGGUGCUUUCCGCACCGAUGUCAUCAUGACAGCGGAUCCUAAGGCUAUCCAGCAUAUCUACCAUAAGUCAGCUUACAACUAUGCGAAGAAGCAGUCGCAGAACCACAUGAGCUAUCUCAUGGCUGGCCCCGGAAUAGUCUGGUCUCAGGGCGAGGACCAUCAAAGGCACCGCAAGAUCAUGAACCCCGCCUUCAGCGCCGCCCACCUUCGGUCGUUCCUCCCGUUGUUCCAACGCGUCACCGGCAAGCUUGUGGAGAAGUGGAAGGCGGAGCUUGCUACGACCUCCGAGUUCGAAUCGUUGAUCAACAACUGGAUCUCUCGCGCUGCGCUCGAUAUCAUUGGACAGGCCGCAUUCGACUACGACUACGGCGUUCUUGAGGACGCUGAACAGAGCACAUUGGCGAAGGCAUAUCAUGGCAUCCUUAAAGACGCCGAGUUUAGGCUGCCGGGCGCGAUGAUGCUGUUCCGUGCGGCUUGGGACUACAUCCCUGUGCCAGUCCUCAAGCUGUUCCAAUAUCUCCCUGUGGACCCAUUCACGCGCAUUUUGAGUCUGCGCCGUCUCUACAUCUCCGUUGGCAAACAGAUUCUCCGGGAGAAGCGACCAGAGCUGGACGCCGAAAAGCGUCCUAACAGCAAGGACAUCAUGAGUAUCCUCAUCAAGGCAAAUGCAUCCUCGGAGGCGAAGACUCGUCUCAACGACGACGAACUGAUGGCGGAGAUGUACACACUGACUCUCGCCGGGCACGAGACCACGGCCACCACUAUCUCCUUCCUCAUGUACCAGCUUUCUCUGCACCCCGAGUACCAGGCCCGUAUGCGUCAGGAGAUCCGAGAGGUCCGUGCUCGUGUGACCGCGCGCACCGGCAUCGACUUCACCAUGGAAGACUUGGACAACAUGCCGCUGUGCUUGAACGCUAUCAAGGAAACGCUCCGCUUCCACCCCAUCGUCUCCUACCUCCCCCGUGUCGCGUCCAAGGACGACGUGCUUCCGCUUAUGCACCCCAUCAUCUCCGCCACCGGCGAGACCAUCACCGAGAUCCCGAUCAGCAAGGGCCAAACUAUCCUCACCUCGUUCGCCGCGUACAAUCGACUCCCUCAGGUCUGGGGCGAAGACUCGCACGUGUGGAACCCCGACCGGUUCUUCCGCAUUGACGUCGGGAAGCAGACGAACGUCGGCAUGUUCGCGAACCUCAUGACGUUCUCUGCGGGUGUUCGUGGGUGCAUUGGGUGGCGCUUCUCCAUCAUCGAAACGCAGGCUCUCGUCGCGGAGCUCCUUGAGAACUUCCAGUUCAGGCUGCCCGCGGGCGCCGACCCUGCUGCCGACCACAAGAACUCGGAGCUACAGUGCGCGCCGUCCGGCGCCGCUAUGGUUCCGCUCAUUCGUGGCAAGCCUGAGCUCGGCCCUUCGCUGCGCCUCCGUGUCUCGCUCGCACCCACCGAGUGA